CUGACACGAGGACUCGUAUGUAACCACUGCAUCAAUCCAUGAUUGGGCAUUUAAAUGGAUGCGUCUUUGUGAUUUCGUGUUCUUGUAGUCCCAUUGCAAACCGUUUUUAAGCUGCUUUCGUACAGUAACGUUACACAAGAGGACCAGUUCUAACAGACUGAUUGACCAUGUUCCCGUCGUGUACAACUCAGCCUAACGUUGACAAAUGGUCGACGUGCUACGAGCCUCAGUCCCCGUCCCCUCAGAUCGAGCAUCAGACACGACAGAAGUUAUAUAGUUUGCUGAGCCCACAUGCGUUGAGAUCAGUACCUUACAGAAUGCCUCUAAGCUCUGCUUCGUCCAACCUAUCCACUGCGACCGCAACUAAUUCUUCACACGAAAAAUCAGCAUCACCCCAAGAUAGCCACAACCAAUUCUAUCCAAGCAAACCUCUCGAAUAUAUGAAACCUGAAUGGAGUCAAGGCUUCUUUUCGUACCCAUCCACCCGACUUUAUCAACAAAAUCCCAAUGGGUAUUCUUACGAAGUAGCUAGGACGGACAAUGACAUUCGCUGGGUGGUAACUCUUAUUCGAGACAACCGCUGUGAUCAAGAAGAUAACCUGGAAUGCCAAAUCGAAUCGGUUCGCAAGUACGUAUUAGGUAAAAAGCGUCAUCGUAAUCAAGCCAUUUCACUAGGGAUGGUAGAAGCGUUAGCAAGUUGCCUCAGGACAGCGCCUUCAAAGCUGCACCGAGUCAUCUUGCAAGCCUUACACGAAGUGACCACCGACUUGGAGUAUUAUCCUGCAAAUAUCAAUGAUACGUUUUUCAUUACCCUCGCCUCGCAACUCAUAGAACACCCCGAGUGUAUCAGAGGAACGCUAGGCAUUUUGUGCGAAUUCACAAAAUUUGACCAGGGCAAGAACUCAGCGCACAAUGCCAAAGUGGCUAAAACGCUCGGCGAGGUGCUUUCGAGUGCUCGACAUAACGAUGUCCUAGUGCCAACGCUACAGGUCUUAUACAACAUCGCUGAGGUUCCAACUUAUGCCGGAACCCUUGUGGAUGCACGCAUCUUCGAGUCGUUUCAGACAGUAAUCGAAGAGCGUCUUGUGGAAUAUUUCCAAAAACAAAUGGUCACAGAUCUUGACGACCAGGCGGCACCACUCAUGUGGAAUAUAGUAAUGACUAACAACAAGCCAGUUCGAGAGAAGCUUGUUCACCAAGUGACAUCGGAAUGCUUUAACUACUGCAGUCGUGUUUUAGACGGUUGGAGUCCUGUUAUGACACAAUGGGCAAAAGUGAUGAGGUUAUGUGUGAACAAUAGCGAGGUUCUCGAACAAGUUAAGAAGAACUUCGUCCUAAAUUCACUGGUCGUUCUUCGUUAUGGCGAGUCAGACUGUGUCGUCCCACUUAUCGACACUCUGUACAAUGUAAGUUCUUAUCUCAGCGAGAAAGAUAAAGUUUUUAUGAUUAAUGAGAAAAUUGUUGACACGCUGCUAGGACGGUACUCUGUAGAGACAAUGUGGAAGACUCUUACGAAGGACAUCGAGGCUUCGCUGUACGGUGGGGCCAGUACAAUGCCGAAUGCAACAAUUCGCAAUAUCCUGCUGUUGAUAGCCAAUCUGUUGAAGGCUUUGCCUAGGGACCGCGUUCCAACUACCCACUCUAACAAUGUAGUCGCCACACUCCAGAGUCACCGUAUUGGCGAACUUUGCACGUUGGCAGGCGGGUCGAAUCCAAUAAAUGAAAUGCUAAUAGAGCUGUUUACAAUAAUCGAUUACCUUGCGCCCGGGUGGUGCGCCUACUCGAGUGAGCGGGCUGUUAGAACACAAAAAAGUCUUCGUCGAUCUUCUUCGUGAAACUAAUGGACGGCAAAACGCGAUCUACUGUCAGUGCCAAGUCGUUGCAUAAGAAACAAUUACAAUUAAACCGAAACGAUCGUUUAAGUAAUGUCAAUUUUUGGUGGAUUCCCGUCUGGUGCUUAAAAAUAAAUUCGGAACACAAUACUAUUAUUGCGAAAGGUCACAAGCCCGUAUGCUGUUCCACCGAAAUCACAACUAGUUCACGUAUAUUGGCCCACGUCAGAUGCAUUGCGACGUCAAAUAAUGCGUCGUAUCAGCAAGGUUGUACUCGCCAUCAACCCUGUGUAUCUUCGAGGUGUCUAUUUGGACCGUCCUUUUGAUUGGAGAUCACAGGAUGGUCCGGUAGUUUAACAGUUUUUGGUUUUUAAUGGUUUGGCCACCUAGCCUUGCUUAACCGUAUGUAUACUCUACGUUACUCUAUGAUGCAAAGAAAAGAAAAAAGAGAAAUCCAACGAGUAUAAAUUAUAUAUAAUAUUCUAACUAAAUAUAUAUAUAUAUAUAUAUAUAUAUAGGAAGACUUGCACUUUAUCGUUCACAUUACUAAACUAAAAAUAACAUUUCUUUUAUUCUUCAUAAAUUUAUUUCAGCGUCCAUUACUGGAAAAAGCUGUUUUUUUUUCUUGUUUGGCGUUUAGAAGGAUUAUUUUGAAUAUGCCUGAAAAAUGAUAAUAGAAAUAGUUUUUAUCAUGGAAUCGAAUUCCACUUACAGCAUCAAUAUAUCUUCAGUAAAGCAUCCCUUCUACGAAUCGAAAUGACGUUGUAUUUGUUCCGUUUGAAUUAGGCAGCUAACCCUAUGGCCGAUCUACUGUCCAUGGACAUGUGAUUUUACCGAAAUACCCUUAAUUUACGAUAUGAACCGUGUGAACGCCGAUACGUUCAUGCUUGCCGCACAUGGCAUAGCUUGUCGCUCACGAUGUGUAGUUUUAAGUGAACCUCAGUGCCGCACCCAGUGACAUCCACACACACACACACACAUAUAUACAUAUAUAUAUAUUUAUUUAUUUAUACACAUAUAUAUACAGAAAAAAAAAAAGUGUAUGAUAUGACGAAAACAACGUAAAGCAAACCCACAUAUCUGUUAUGCUUAAAAUGUGUUAUUAACUCGUGUAUUCCACAAGAUAUGUGCAAAUAAAUACGAAAACGAGCAUAGUAAAUAAAUCUA